AUGGCGAAUACAGAUGGGGUUAUUCACUAUUCGGACGAAACGUUUAUGGAAGAAGUACAAAAAUACAAAUGCCUUUUUAACAAAUUCAGCAAGGAGUUUCGUGAUAAGUACAAAAAAAUUAACUGUUGGACAAAAGUAGCUGCUACAUUUGGUUUGAAUCCAGAAGAAGCAGAGAAAAGGUUUAAGAACCUACGUUCGUCCUACACAAGAUUUCUGCGAAAAAUUAAGAACAUGCCGUCGGGAUCAGGCAGAGAUGAUCUACCAAAACACGAAACCUACAAAGGAAUGGAGUGGUUAAGACCAUAUAUCGAUCAUCGCUCGUCAAAAACAAACCUACACGAAGCGAAGCGGCAAAAAGUUACGAACGUAGAUGUACUUGCAAAAGCCGACUCUGAGUUUAAUACAAGCGGUGCAAACAAUACUUCUAGUGGUUUGAAUAGCGACGAAGAGCAUUCGAUAACUGAAGAGACAUAUUCGAUUGAGGGUAUGCAUGAUUUAAUUGAUGAAAGUGACGUACAGACAUUGCAUGAUAUGAUUUCUGAAACUGAUGAUGACAUAACUAUUGGUGACAAGACUGAUGCUGACUUUGUACCUAAAUCCAACAAAAAUAAAGCCAGUAUAAAGAGAAAGAGAGCUUGGAAUGAAGCAAACAAAGCGCCAACAAAAGUGGAAAUGGACAAAGUGCUUUACAAUGCUGCAAAGUCAAUUGACAACCAUUUAAAGGAAAGUAAAGAUGAGCAUAGCCCUGCUAAAUUUCACAGCAACAAUGCUAUUGGGGAAGAUGAUGAGGAAACAUUGUUUUGUCGCAGUUUGAUACCAAGGCUUAGGAGAAUACCCCGUCUACAUAGAGGAUUGGUAAGACUUGAAAUUGAACAAAUAUUUUACCAAGUUGAAUGUUCUAGCUUACAAGAACAACAACAACAACCAAGGAUUGGGAGUAAAAGCAGUCAAUCUACAUUUCAUUUUAUCACACAUGAAGAUAAAACAUCCCAAGAAAAAAAUACUGAACAAUAA